AGGCCUUUUUGAAACCCAUUCUUUGCCCAGGAAAAGACGGUUACAGAGAUCGAAUUUCAAAUUUCAGUUCAAACAUGAAGCUUUCGCACUCCAAAUUCUCAGUGCCAGUGCUGGUGUUUUUGUUGGUCAUAGCAGGUUUAGUGGGGCAAGGGAAAGGCACUACUUGUGGGACCUCUUUCUUCUCUGCUCUCAUUCAGAUGAUACCUUGUAGAGCAGCAGUCGCUCCAUUCAGCCCCAUCCCGCCAAGUGAAGCCUGCUGUAACGCUGUGAGAACACUGGGCCAGCCCUGUCUGUGCGUGCUCGUAAACGGCCCUCCUAUAUCUGGCGUUGAUCGGAACAUGGCCAUGCUGCUCCCAGAGAAGUGCACCACCAACUUUGAUCCAUGUGAGAUGGAAAAGUAGAGAAGUAGAAGCCUAAAGAGCCAGGAAAGAGCAAUAGAGAACUAUCACCUUCUUAUGCUGCUGCUGCUGCUGCUACUACUAAUAAGAGAAUAACCAUUGAGAUGAAGCACUUUUAGGUCUUUUUAACUUUGCUCUUGUAUUUUUCCUAUCUACUAUUGUCUUUCCCACAUUGCUUAGUUCAUAAUAUGUAUGGUCGCUUUUCUCUUGGUUUGCAGUA